AUGGCGCCGCCGCCCGAGGAGGAGCGGGGCGGCGGUGGCUGCCGCGCGAGGUGGCUUCGGCGGGAGGUGCUGCUGGCCCUCGCGCUGGGACAGCUCGUCUCGCUCCUCAUCACCUCCACCGGCUUCUCCUCCUCCGAGCUCGCGCGCCGAGGUAUCAAUGCACCAACGUCGCAGUCCCUCUUGAACUACAUCCUUCUUGCUCUUGUCUACGGUGGAAUACUCCUCUACCGGAGACAGCCACUCACGACAAAAUGGUACUACUACUUGAUCCUCGGCAUUAUUGAUGUGGAGGCUAACUAUAUUGUUGUCAAAUCUUAUCAGUACACAUCUUUAACGAGUGUGAUGCUGCUGGAUUGUUGGUCAAUUCCAUGUGUAAUUGUUCUUACUUGGAUCUUUUUGAAGACCAAAUAUGGAUUCAGGAAGUUCUUCGGUGUUGGGGUUUGUGUGGCCGGCCUUAUAUUAGUAGUAUUUUCAGACGUCCAUGCCUCUGAUCGAGCUAAAGGACCCAAACCUUUGAAGGGUGAUUUACUUGUAAUUGUUGGCUCCAUGCUUUAUGCUUGCAGUAAUGUUACUGAGGAAUAUCUAGUCAAGAAGAACAACCGAAUUGAGUUGAUGGCUAUGUUGGGAAUUUUUGGAGCAGUUAUCAGUGGCAUACAAAUAAGUAUUCUUGAGCGAGAAGAACUUCAUUCGAUCAAAUGGAAUGCCGGCGCGGUGUUCCCUUUUAUCGGAUUCGCAUUGGCAAUGUUCCUGUUUUACUCGACUGUACCUACGGUGCUGAAGAUUUGUGGGGCAACCAUGCUAAACCUCUCACUCCUGACCUCAGACAUGUGGGCUGUCCUGAUCCGCAUCUUCGCCUACCAUGAGAAGGUUGACUGGAUGUACUUCGUUGCGUUUGCCUGCACGGCCGGGGGCCUUCUGGUCUACUCGUACAGGAGCUCCAAGGAGGCUGAUGACACGGCGCAGGUCACUGGGGCCAGCGACGAGCAGAGUAGGGUAGGGGAUGAGGAGUCUGGAAUUCAGAACCAGGUGCGAAGUUCCUUUGCUGGCGGCAACGACGAUCAGGUCUCCUACAAGGAGUUGCCAUCAAAUGGCAGCCCCUCCAAGAACUAG